CGCGCCGGGCCCCGGAGUCUCCAGAGCGCGGGGCGCGCCCCCGGACGGCGGCUCCGACGAAGGGACACGGGCCGAGCCGGCGUGGGGGCCGCGCCGCACCUGCACCCGCCCUGCGCGGGGACGGCGGCCUCGCGGCGAGCGCGGGCAUGGGCGGGAGUGGGGAGGCGCAGGGUGCGGGGGAUCGGCGGGGCCGAGGUCUACGCGCGGACGCCCGCGGGAGGGGCUGUGCCCUCCGAGCCAGGACAGGGAUGCUCUCAGGGCUGGCGGUCAUGGAACUGAAGGUGUGGGUGGAUGGCAUCCAGCGCGUGGUCUGUGGGGUUUCAGAGCAGACCACCUGUCAGGAAGUGGUCAUCGCACUAGCCCAAGCGAUAGGCCAGACGGGCCGCUUUGUGCUCGUGCAGCGUCUCAGAGAGAAGGAACGGCAGCUGCUACCCCAGGAGUGUCCAGUGGGUGCCCAGGCAACCUGUGGACAGUUUGCCAGCGAUGUCCAGUUUGUCCUGAGGCGGACAGGGCCCAGCCUUGCUGGGAGGCCCUCCUCGGACAGCUGCCCUCCCCCUGAGCGCUGCUCAGUCCGAGCCAGCCUUCCCCCAAAGCCUCGACCAGCACUGGACUGUGAGCCCCGCAAAGCCCUGACCUUCAGCCUAGGCUUCCCUGGGCUGGCCCCCGGUCCUGUGCCACCUGAGCCUGUGGCUCCUGUAGCACCACUGCCGGGCUGCUGCGCAGACCUGCAGGGCUUGGAGCGAAGGGUGCACAGGAAUGCAGCGGAGCUGGGCCAGGAGGCCUUCUGGGAGCAGGAGCUGCGGCGGGAGCAGGCCCGGGAGCGCGAGGGGCAGGCACGCCUGCAGGCGCUGAGCGCGGCCACCGCUGAGCAUGCCGCCCGGCUGCAGGCCCUGGAUGCUCAGGCCCGCGCCCUGGAGGCCGAGUUACUUCUAGCCGCAGAGGCCCCGGGGCCCUCCUCGCCCGCGGCGUCUGUUGCGGAACGCCUGCGCCAGGACCUGGCCACUCAGGAGCGGCAGAGUGUGGAGGUGCAGGGCAGCCUUGCCCUGGUGGGCAGGGCUCUGGAGGCCGCCGAGCACGCCCUGCAGGCCCAGGCCCAGGAGCUGGAGGAGCUGAACCGGGAACUGCGUCAGUGUAACCUGCAGCAGUUCAUCCAGCAGACGGGGGCUGCACUGCCCCCGCCCCCUCGGCCUGCAGGGACCCCCCCUGGCAUGCAGGAUCUUCUGCCUCCGGCCAGAGAAGAGCCCCUCACGGGAGCCCCCCAGAAUCCAGCCCUAGUGUCCAGCCUGAGCCAAGAGAGUAUGUCUGUCUCCUCAACUCUGGGUGGGAUGAGGUCCUCCUGUGGCCCCCUCAGCCCUCUCAGCCCAUGUCUGCCCCACAGUUGCCCCCAUGAGGCAGAACUCCUGGAGGUAGCAGCUCUUGCCCCAGAGUGGACGUCCACUGCCAGCCCAGCCCUGGGCUCUGCUGACGCAAGCAAGGGCAGCCAAGGCCAGCCCAGCCUAGACAAAGGAAGGCGAGCCCGUGGUCACAGAGGACUCCUUCCACCAUGCAAGGGGAAGCCCUGGUGCCCUGGGUCUGAGAUGGGACGCCUUGGAACCCUAGGGUGUCUGCUGCAGGGGGCAGAGGAAGGCUAAGGACUCUUGCCCUAGUCCUUGUCAAAUCUACCAAGACCCCUGGAGAAGCGUGGGUCAUGGCCAGCCCUGAAACCACUAGGCCCCAAAGGCCACAGCUCCUUUUUGGGGAUGGGAGGUGUGCGGACCCUGUGUUCAGCUUGUGGGUAUGUGCUUGCGUGGGGGAGGUAUCUUUCCCCACAUCUGUGUGUGUGUGCUGCCCCACUACCCCGAUACUAAAGCCUCAAUAAACUGCCCCACGUGGUUUA